AUGGCCCCCACAUUCGCGUCGAGCUUAAAAGACCCCAGCCUCUUUGUCGAGAAAUCAUUCAUUGACGGCCAGUGGGUAGCAUCACAAUCAAACAAGACCUUCAAUGUUUACAAUCCCGCAACGGAUGAGAUCAUUGGAACAUGUCCCGAAUCAAACACAAACGAUGUCAAUGCCGCCAUCACAGCCGCUGCCAAAGCAUUCCCCUCAUGGCGGUCGCAAUCAGGCCGCCAGCGCGGGCGCAUUCUGCGUCGCUUGUUCGAUCUGAUUGUCGAGAAUAAAGAGGAUAUUGGCAGAGUCAUCACUGCAGAAAACGGGAAAGCGAAGGGUGAUGCAGAAGGAGAGGCACUUUUCUCCGCUGGGUUCUUCGAAUGGUUCUCCGAGGAAGCCCCCCGAAUUUAUGGCGAUGUCAUUCCCCACAGCAACCCAUCGAGCCGUACACAGGUUCUUAAGGAGCCAGUCGGUGUAUGUGGCUUGAUCACUCCGUGGAACUUCCCUAUGGCUAUGGGAGCACGUAAGGUUGCUGCUGCGCUGGCGGCAGGAUGCACGGUUGUACUGAAGUCGGAUGGCCUGACACCUUUUUCGUCCAAUGUCUUGGCUGUGCUUGCUGAGCGCGCGGGCGUUCCUAAAGGUGUAUUGAACGUUGUCACAGCUCUAGAGAACACUCCCAAUUUGGGUCUUACGCUUUGCCAGUCGGACAUUGUCAAGAAGAUCUCCUUCACUGGAUCAACGCGCGUUGGCAAGCUCCUCAUGCAGCAAUCGAGCAGCACCCUCAAGAAGCUCAGUCUUGAACUUGGUGGAAACGCUCCUUUCAUUGUCUUUGACGACGCCGAUAUCGAGACCGCUGUUACGAGCGCCAUGAUCAGCAAGUUCAAGGUCACUGGUCAAACCUGCGUAUGUGCGAACCGCUUCUUUGUCCAGGAGGGUAUCUAUGAUCGUUUCAGCCAGAGACUCGUCGAGGAGGUGAAGAAGUGUCAGGUUGGCAACGGCCAAGAUGUCGCCGUAACACACGGUCCCUUGACCAACGGCGUGGCCAAGACCCAGGAACACAUCAAGGAUGCAGUUAGUAAGGGUGCAAGUGUACUCCUCGGUGGCAACACGUUGUCUUCUGUCGGCAAGAACUUCCACGAGCUCACGAUUCUCGGCAAUGUCAACGACUCUAUGAACGUGGCCACCGAGGAGACUUUUGGACCUGUUGCUGCGCUCGCCAAGUUUUCAACAGAGGACGAGGUUGUUCGCCGCGCGAACAACUGUGAGGUUGGUCUGGCAUCGUAUUUAAUUACAAGUGACCUAGGUAAGGCACACCGUGUGUCUGAGCAACUGGAGUUCGGUAUGGUGGCUAUCAACACGGGUAUUAUUUCUGAUUGGGCUGCUCCAUUUGGUGGCAUUAAGCACUCCGGUAUGGGCCGUGAGGGCAGCAAGUACGGCAUUGACGAUUAUGUCAACAUCAAGAUGGUCGUGACCGGUGGUAUCAACACUGUGCGCUCGGCAAACCUGUGA